UGGCCCCGCUGCCCACGCGGGGCCGCCCACGUUGGGGCGGGGCCGGUGUCCGGCGCUAUCAGCAGCGCGGCCCGGAGCCCAGCACAGCCGGCGGGAGCGGCCGCUGCUUCGCUUCGGGGGCUGAGGAAGGCGGCGGUCCCGAGGACGGCCGGGACCUCCCGGUGGCAGCAGGCUCAUGGUCUGCAGCACCAUGCAGGAUCCCAGCCCUCACUCUGUGAGCCGGAGGUGAAUCCAUGGGAAGGCCAGCUAUUGUGGUAGCUGUCAGGAUGACCAAAGCACGGCUCUUCCGUCUCUCUAUGGUGCUGGUCUCCAUCUUCAUGAUCCUCCUGAUCAUCGUCUACUGGGACAACGUGGGAACAGCUCACUUCUACCUGCAUACGUCCUUUUCUAGGCCGCAUUCCCCAGAGGCCAUCCCCGGUAUCACUGCAGGUGGGGACUGGGAAGCCUUACCAGAGGUGGAUGAGUUUUUGGCAAAGCUGCUUAGUUCAAACCUGAAACAGAACAGCUCUACUUCCCGAAAGGCAGAGCAGCUGCUCAUCCAGGGCUCCAACAAGCCUGUGGUGAGCAAUUUGGAGGAGAACAUACGAGGUUACGACUGGUCAACACACAAUGCCAGAAACAGUUUGGACCAAGAGAAGCUGCAGAUAGAGAGGCAGAGAACGCUGCGCGAGUUUUGUGCCAAUUCCAGCUUUGCCUUCCCCACCAAAGAACGCUCCUUUGACGACAUCCCAAACUAUGAGCUCAACCACCUGAUUGUGGAUGACCGCCACGGCAUCAUCUAUUGCUACGUCCCCAAAGUAGCAUGCACCAACUGGAAACGGGUGAUGAUUGUGCUGAGUGAGAGCCUGCUGGACCAAGGGGUCCCAUACCGGAACCCCCUGGACAUCCCACGUGAGCACGUCCACAACACCAGCACCCAUUUGACUUUCAACAAAUUCUGGCGUCGAUACGGGAAAUUCUCCCGGCAUCUGAUGAAGAUCAAACUGAAGAAGUACACUAAGUUCCUCUUUGUGAGGGACCCUUUUGUCCGCCUCAUCUCUGCCUUUCGCAGUAAAUUUGAGCUGGAGAACGAGGAGUUCUACCGGCGUUUUGCCAUCCCCAUGUUAAAGCUGUACUCCAACCAUACCAACCUUCCCACCUCUGUUAGCGAGGCCUUCGGGGCGGGCCUCAAAGUCUCUUUUUCUGACUUCAUCCAGUACUUACUGGAUCCCAGGACAGAGAAGAUGGCCCCUUUCAAUGAGCACUGGAGGCAGGUGUACCGGCUGUGCCACCCGUGCCAGAUAGACUAUGACUUCAUUGGGAAGCUGGAGACGCUGGAUGAGGAUGCUGCUUAUCUCUUGCAGCUCCUCAAGGUGGACAGGCUGCUCCGCUUCCCCCCCAGCUACAGGAACAGGACUGCCAGCAGCUGGGAGGAUGACUGGUUUGCUAAAAUCCCCCUGGCUUGGAGGCAGCAGCUCUAUAAGCUUUAUGAGGCAGACUUUGUACUCUUUGGCUACCCCAAGCCAGAGAACUUGCUUAAAGACUAAAAGCGAUUGGGCUGCGGGUGUGGGAGGGAACAUCAGAAAUACCAAAAAUGUUUAAAGCCUCCUUAUUUUUUUUGCUCUUACCUCCCUUCUCCAUACAGGUUGGUACAAUGGAAUAUAUUUUUUCUAUUGCUUCUCCUUCCAUUUUUGCAGUAACACCCAGUUCAGGAUAUUUCCAUCCAGCUGCGCAUAUGGAAGAAAAUGCCAGUAUUUUUCUCAUUGUUUUCUGGGUUUCCUUCUUGUUUCCAACGUCCCCAUGUUUUGCAGUGGGUCGCUGCCCAUGGUCACUCUGCCAGCUGUGUCCUUCAGUAGCUUUUUAUUAAUAACAUUUUUUUAAAAGUAAUAUAUUUAAGAUAUUUAAUACGAAGUGUGCAUUGUGGCAAAGGAAAGGAAGGAAUAAAAAAAAAAAAAAAGAAAAAAGAAGUGAAAGAAAAACCUAAAAGGCGCUGAUGCAUUUGCCUCUGUGUGUUGUCUCAGGGCUCUUUGUGAUGUUGCAGAGCACUUGAAUCUCUCCAGGGCUGGGAGCCCAGCAGGUGGGUCAGUCAGUGCUGGAGCACCCCAUACUGCGGUGAGGAAUGCAGCUCACAGCCAGCAUCACAGGAGGGCAGUGGUUGAGGCCCAUGGGGUGAUUCAGGAUGUGCAGAGGGCCAGCCCAGUGCCUCUGCACUGCUUCCACUUCCAGCAGCGUGGUGGAGGAGCUCUGCUGUACAAAACACUGUGUUUGUGCACCCUCUGCAUUGAUAGUAUGGAGAGUCUUCUGUGAUGUGGUGCCUGCUGUGCUCAGCGCAGAUCACUUGCAGCAGUGGGGAUGUAACACAACUCCCAGUGCUUUAGGGGGACGUGGCAGGGUGUGGAUAUUUAGCCCCAAGUGAAGAAAAGCUGAAAGAUUCCUUUCAGUUGGUGUGCAUCAAGGCGAUCUCUACAUUCAUUUCUUUUUCAGAGUGCCAGCCACUGCUUGUGAUGCUGUGCCCUCAUCUGCUGUAUUUCUGCUUUACCAAUCGACUGAUGCAGAUUUAAUCACCUGCCUUGCUGGGCUUUGCUGCAGCAGUGAUGGUGGCCCAUUGUGCUCGGUGCCUGCAGGCUGCUUCCCAUAGGAUGCAGCUUUUAGAGACAGGCUUUGUGUCUCAUCAGCUGAAUCUGCUUCUCUCUGAAUUGCUCUGUGAUCAAGCAGAGAGCUGAAGUGCUUGAUUACUUUUCAGAGCUGUGCAAACCAUGAAGGUCUUGGCCUUGCAGGAAGCACACUUGUGUUCUGGGCAGCUGCUUUGAUGCUGGACUCCUUGUCCUGCUCAGAACCAGGGUGAUGCUCCCCCUCCAACUCCUCAUUUCUCCAACCUCUGUACGUGUGUGUUGUCUCAGCACUGUGUGCUCCUCCUGGUGAAUGCACUGCUCCAAGCUUUUGAAUCUUUAAGCCAAAGGUAACAGCUAGCAGUGAUGCUCGGAGCAAAGAAUCUGCCUCUGAUUGUAUUCACAGCACCCUCCUGCCAUUUCUGCAGGGAGAUUUGCAGUUUAAAUGAGCCUGAAGCCAUGAUCUGAUUUUUAGUGCUUAGAUCUUCACAGCUCGGGGGGAAAAAGGAAGUGCUUGUUUAUGAGUCAUUAUUUAAAAAUAAUAAUAGAGAAGCGUUGAUCUCUUCCAUUUUUUUCCCCCCCCUAUUACGAGUUAAUUGCUGCAAAACAGAGAGAUGUUGAGACUCUCAUCUGCUGUAAUGAGUAAUCCCUGGAGUCUGUUGGUUCCUGCAAUAUUUACAUUUCUUCAGGGUUGGUUCAUCCCACUCUUCAAAGUUACAGCCUGGAUGUUUUCGGCUGUUGUCUUUACAACGUGUUUGUUGUUUUGUUUUUGUUUUUUUUUCCUUUUUCCUCUUCUAAUUUCCAUUUAAUUGGUGUUUAGUAUUUGCAGACGUGGGCAGCUGGGAACGCAGCGCAGAUGUGCUGAUCAGCACCGCAUCGCCCGAGCUGUGCAAACUUCCUCCCAGCUGCUUCCCUUGUGCCUCUUGACCAAAUCCUGCCCCUCCAAACCGUGCUCAGUUGCAGGGCCCUCGUGAUGCUCAUCCUGAAAACUGGCUGCAGCUGCAUCCUCACCUGCACCACCCCAUGAGCCACGGCUGCAGCUUGUCCCAUGCAGAGCAUAUUUUAUGUCUUCACCCUCAGGAGAGCUUGAGUGGUAAGAGUGAUAGUGGUGGGAGGGAGCUGUCACCUUAUCGAGCCCAGCCUGCAUUUGAUUUACGCCAUUUCAACACCUACAAACCCAUACCUGUCCAAAGCCAUUCUCCUAAGUGCCUGCAGAGAGGAGCAGUGAGGCUCACAUGGAGAGGGCUCGCUGUGCUGCUGCUUCCUCCUUUUGAAGCCUUCCUCCCCACCCUGCCGCUGUUGUGAAUGUAUUGUGAAGGAGCCAAAGGCGACCCAGGCUGUGCUGAGUUUUGUGGUGAGGCCACUGGGGGGGACUGGGACAGAGCCUCCAGCUUUAGGAAUGUGUGUUGUUUUUUUUUUCCCUGUGGGUUUCUUGCUCUGUUCUGAUGAUGCAAAGAGUAUGUAGGGGGGAGAGAAGGACAAAGGGUUUAAACCAGCCAUGCUUCCUCCCCCCCAGUUUUCUGAAGGAGCUGGAAUUCAGUAUUUGUCAAUGGCAGAAUGAGUGGUGAGGGAAGGCAGUGAGUGCUGGCCUGAAGUCAGAAGAGAGCUAAAAAUUGUGAGUUUAGAUGGUUGUGAUGCUAGUGCUGAUUUUAUAAGAGGUAGAAAAAUGCUUUGAAGUGGCCUAUUUGUGUCUAAAUAAACCUGGCUCUGCUGUUUCAUGCUCAGCCUGCAAAAUUACA